GUAUUCACGGGGACGAACGAUGCGGAAUGCUCAUAUAGAAAUACCCAAUUUUUUUUUUGUAGGAAUAUUCCUGAGCAUGAGCUGGAAUCAGUCUUUGAAACUAAGUAUCAAGGUUGAUAGUAAGCUAACUCUUGAUAGGACAUAGGGUAAAAUACCGAAUGGCCGGCCUCCACUGCGGCACAACCACCUUCCCGAAAAAGUAUUCUAACAUGUCCUGUAACCCACAAUAGACAUUAGUCAAGAACCAGCAUCAAUUGAAGCAGUACCUCGAGACCUCUAAUUUCCUCUCUAAUUAAAGUUUUUUUCUCCCAAGUCACAAAUUCAUGCCGUAAUUUCCGAAUUUUGGGAAGGUCAUUGCUCUGCGGUAGAAGUGGCUGCCAGGAGGCCAUUCAGUAUUUUACCCUACACCUUGGCUUGCACCUAGCUGUUCAGAGAACAUUUUGGUUCACAAGUAAUGAAGGCUGGUAUCUGGUAGGACCGGACUACUAACCUACCUUUACCUUUUGACACCCGAGGCAUUUCACCUAUGAGUCCUUGGACUCCACUUCCUAGGACCUGUAAUGGUUGCCCAAAGAGUAUCUUGCUUAAGGUACGCAGAUGUUAAAUAGAGUAAAUGACCGAGCGGCGACAUGGCAGCCACCGAUCCUGGAAUGCGGCCGUCUUUCCGACAGAGUACUUGAAUUCGCUUCUAUGAGCAUCAGUCAAGAGUUGUGGGCUAUCCAAGCAGCACACCGAGACCUCUACGCACCUCUCGAAUCCAGAGUCAUAGAAGAGAUGAAGGUAUGGCUACUGAAAUCAAGUGAGGAGGGAGAUGACCGGUAUGCUGAUGCACUUUCUACUGCGGGCUUAUCGACAAUACACAUACCUACAUUGACAUUCAAAUUUACAAAUCAAGCUCCUCUGAAGAAUGCUUUGGCAAGCCCAGGAGAUCAUAGUGGCAUUAUAUUCACCAGUCAGAGGGCUGUAGAAGCAGUUUCCCAGCUUUAUAGUACCCUGAAUGUGAGCUGCCAUCAUCAGUGGAAUGACAAGAAAGUCUUUGCUAUUGGUGAAGCAACGUCCAAUGCAGUUUCGAGACAGUUGAAAUUGAGUACCAUUGGGAAGGAAUCUGGAAAUGCCCAGCAGCUAGCACCUGUCAUUUUCAGAGAAGUACCUGCUUUUGAUAAACCUCUUCUCUAUCCAUGUGGUAAUUUAGGAAGAGAUGAAUUGCCAAAAUUAUUGGUCAGCCAAGACAGAGAUUUCAGGGCCCUUACUUGCUACGAAACUUCAGAACAUCCACAGUUGAAAUCUUCUGUUCAGAAAUGGAUGAAUGAGGAAAUGCCAAUGUAUAUAGUAUUUUUCAGUCCAUCUGGUGUUAAUUUCUCAAUGCAGGUAUUUAAAGCAUUAGGAUUUUCUUUGAAUAAUGUCAAGGUUAUUGCCAUAGGGCCAACAACAAAUGCAGCAUUAGUCAAGGAAAGCAUUCCUGUGUUUGGCGUUUGUUCAUCGCCAACACCAGAGGGCCUUUUGCAUGUUAUCAAAAGUCCUCUUUAGCUUGAGAGACCUUCUCUGUAAGAGAUAUGUAAGCGUGACUCUCAAAUGCCUUUUAUCAGGUUUUGUAUUAUAUAGUACAAGAAAAAAUUAAAUAAUGAAUGUU